CUCACUACCCAAUUAGUCAGUUACACCACCUCAGUACCUAUAUGUUCUUUGUCAGUCUUUCGUCGUGUAUGGAGUUUUGUUUUGCUUGGACUCUCAGUUUAGUAAGCCUUUUUGUUAAUUAAAUAUCUUCGUUGAAUCUGGUUGCAUUUGGGCCUGUUAUGCUCCCUGCACCGUGACAAGAUGAGGCUGAUGGGAAUGUCAUUUUGACCUAUGAUGGGAAUCACCAAAGGCUUUCCAACCUAUCUGAAGAGGAACAUGAAUAUAUGUUUUAAAUUCCAUGGCAAUCCAUCCAAAAAUUGAGGCAAUUCAACUUCAUAGUGCCGUUUGAAGAAAAUGUCAGGUGAUCUCCAAAGUUGUCAGGAUAAAACGUCUUGGAACAAUGAAUGUCAGGAGAAAAUGUUGUGUGCAUUAAGUGAGAAGAUUUCAUUGGAUAAGCGAAAUAUUGGACCUGCUGGUGGCGCUAGAGCAAAAGACAGAGGACAAUUAAACUGAGCUCAAGGUCUCAGUGUAAAUCUCCAGGACAUAAUCGCCCUCUUCACACAGCGGAUGAUAAGGCAGCGGCUGCUGAGAGCUGACAGAUAUUAUAUGAUGGGAGAUAUUCUAUGAUGGGAGGUCAGAUCUGGGUGUUGACACACUGGAGUGAGAGGACGAUCCAUUGAACAGUAACGUGGUGGUACAUCCUAGUGGUGGCUGAAAGCAAUGGGCUGAACCUGUGCUUGGGGGUUAACUCUCUCACACGCAGCGCAGCGCACAACCCUACACACACCGAGACAUGCACGACGCACAGACACCGACAGCAAGACUGGUCCGCCACAAGAGAACUGCAAAGUUGGCUUCGAUAUGAGCCCGCGAGCCGACGGAAGAGGAACACACUGACUGAUGCUUUAAUCUGGGAAACCAGCGGUGUUUGAGUGUUUGAGUGUUUGAGUGUUUGGACACCACAGAUCCACAAAAGACACUUUUUUUGGAGAGCGCACCGAGGCGAGGGAGCUAAACACGGCGAGAGGAAGAGGAGGAGGAGGAGGAGGACUUCAUCGCGAUCACAAAUACUGAAGCGACUUCUCUUUCUGCGGGACAAAUGACUUUUUGAUCACAUCGGUGCUGUGACUGAGAGGAGGAGGACUGUUGCUUUCUCGGAAGACGCGCGUCAAAGUUUGGAGAGCGGAGCUGCGCCAUUAAGAGAGAAAAAAACAAGAAAAGAAAAGAGAAAGCACCCCGGUAACAAUUUAUUACUAUUGUCAAGAACUUUACUCGUCCCGUCCACUUCUCCGGUUAUCGAUGUCCGUGUGACCAGGUCAAACCCGCAGCUAUACUUUACCGGAAACAUGUCCAUCAAGAGCAAACUUUAAACCAUCUCAGAGACUGUAAACAGCGCUGCAUUUCAGUCCAAUUCAGGAGGACGUGUUCAGACUCACACACACAUACACACAAAAGUUACCGAUAGAGAGAGAGUGAAAGUGCUCUCGAGAUAAAGACUUUAUGAAGAAGACGCAGUCUGAAGUUGUGAGGUAAAAGUGGGAUCACGAAGGUCAGAGUGAUGAAGAGGAGAGAUACUUGGAGGAGGAACGCGGCGGUGAAUCGUCUUCACUAGUGAGUCAGUGCGCUCCGUGAAGGAGAGGAGGAAAGGAGGAAAGGAGGGGAGGAGAACCGGUCCCUGUUCAAGACCCCCCCGUGAGCCGGGCACAACAAGAGCUCUGCCGUGUUGUUGCUGUGUUGUUGCUGUGUUGUGUUGUGUUGUUGUGGAGAGGCUGGAUAGUCUUGAGAAAAGAGCCGGAUAAAGUGUGAGAGUGAAGCAGCUAAUUGCUCAGUCCGUCCCUCAUUAGCAUAUCCAAUGCGCGUCCGCUGGACUCCAGCCAAUCCUCCCCACCUUCACACGGUGCCAUUAAUCCAGAGGCAUUAUUCACUAUCGUAAUUAUUAUACCGACAUGCGCAAUCCGACGCACAGCAACAGCAGCGGCAGCAGCAGCAGCAGCAACACCACCGGCUAAUUUCUGACUAUUUUUUUAGUUGUUGUUGUUGUUUGUUGUCUCUCCUCCUCCUCCUCCUCUCACUCCUCCAAAGCUAUCAGACUAUUUGCGAACUUUUUUUUUUUUGUUGCGUGUUGAUUCAUUCGCUCUUCGCUGAUGUAUCUGCUGCAAAACGCAGAGGCAUCACGGAGCGGUAAAGCAGCAGCAGCAGCAGCAGCAGCCUCCCCAGCACUGACUCCAGCAGCAGCACCAGCAGCAGCAUGUCCCGACGCAAGCAAGCCAAGCCGCAGCACCUCAAGUCCGACGACGAGCCCGCAAUAGCCGGGGUGAUCUCCGAGCACGCCCGAGGUGAGGUGGUGCUGGAAGACGCCGACAGCGGGAAUGAGAGCCGCAGCGGCAGCGAGGAGACGCAUGUGUGUGAGAAGUGUUGCGCUGAGUUCUUCAAGUGGUCAGACUUCUGUGAACAUUUAAAGAGUUGCACCAAAAACCCCCUGGUGCUCAUAGUGAAUGACAAUGAGAACACGCCUGACCCCUCCCAAGAGUACCCGACAGAGCUCUCCCCUGUACCCAGCUGCCCUAGCGAGCUGGCUGACAGCGAGGACCCCAGGGAGGGCAACCACAGUCCUGCCGGUGAGGGGGAGGACAUCCCGGAGACGGCAACAUUGAAUGGGGUCAAUGUCCUAGAAAGGGAGGACGAACCGAUGGAGCUAGAGCUAUCACCAGAAAAAAACAUGGAUCCUGAAGAGACAGACGUGACAUCCCCCGAGCCAGACGGCUCCCUACCUCAGCUCAACGAUGUCGUUCCCUCCACUGCUACAAGCUACGCCAUGCCAAGCACCAAUGUUACCUUGGAGACCCUGCAUGGCACCCGGGUUGCGGUUGCCCAGUUUUCACAGAGUGUGAAGGCAGCAGCGGGCAGUGGGGUUUCCACCAUGGCUAUUCCCAUGAUCCUGGACCAGCUGAUGGCCCUCCAGCAGCAGCAGAUACACCAGCUGCAGCUGAUAGAACAAAUACGCAGUCAGGUGGCUAUGAUGAACAGACAGUCUGCCUCACAGCCUGCUCUAAACCACCAUCACGGCAACGCUGCCGGAAACCAGGGGCCUGUAUCCUCCUGUGCCCCUCCUGUCGCAAGUCAGCUUCAGCUACACAACUUCAUCGCUCCCCCUGUCCAUCAGCUGCCUGUUAGGUUGCCGGCCACUCUCGGUGGUCAAGGCCCUUCACCCCUGACCUCAGCGACAGAAGGGCCUCUCUCUCAAACACCACAAAGUAGCAGUCAGCAGUCUAGCUCUUCAAUACCCAACACAUGUUCCAAUAACUCGGUGUUUUCCUCGCCUUGUGGUACUGGAUUGUCAUCUCUACUUCCCUCCUGCUCAUCUUCAGUCAUGAACAACAUUAGCACUAGUAGUAGUGUAACAGGAGGCGGUGGCAUCAGCAGUAGCUCGGCUCUCCCCAGGAACUCCACCACCCCUCCCUCACUCAGCCACAGCAGCCUCCUGAGCUCUGCCUCCAAUCUACCGCUGAUACCUCACAGCUCAUCCAGCAGCGUUAUCUUCCCCAACCCGCUGGCCAGCAUAGCGGCCACAGCCAACGCGCUCGACCCCCUCGCCGCUCUGAUGAAGCACCGCAAGGGGAAGCCCCCGAAUGUGUCUGUGUUUGACACUAAGCCCAGCUCUGAGGACCCCUUCUUCAAGCAUAAGUGUCGGUUCUGUGCCAAGGUGUUUGGCAGUGACAGCGCCCUACAGAUCCACCUGCGGUCGCACACUGGAGAGAGGCCCUUCAAAUGCAACAUAUGUGGCAACCGUUUCUCCACCAAGGGAAAUCUGAAAGUCCACUUCCAGAGGCACAAAGAGAAAUACCCACAUAUUCAGAUGAACCCCUACCCCGUGCCAGAGUACCUGGACAACGUGCCCACGAGCUCGGGCAUCCCGUACGGAAUGUCUUUGCCCCCAGAAAAACCUGUAACCACAUGGCUCGACAGCAAACCUGUCCUCCCCACGGUCCCCACCUCAGUCGGACUCCAGCUGCCUUCCACGCUGCCGAGUAUGAUGGGAGGUUUUGGCGAGUCUCCCAGCCUAACGCCGCUCAACAGGUCCCCUCAGAGGCCAUCUCCACCAUUAAGCGAGUGUGCAUCUUUGUCUCCUAAUAUUUUUAUUGACUCUGGCAUGACCCCUACUUCACCCUCCCCAAAACCCAGUCCAGGGAGUGAAGCACCUCCCCUCUUGAAACCUGAAGGUGUUCUCCUUCCUCCGAGCUGCUCUAGGUCAGGAGAGAACACCACCACCACAACCACAUUAACUCAAGUGGCCCUCUCCUCUACCGUAAACUCCACCACAUCGUCCAGCAGUGGCCAGGCCACUGAACCCAUCAUUAGCCCCAACUCUGUUUCUAACCCCGUCUCCCAUCCUGUCCUUCCCAUGCUCUCGGACCAGUUUAAGGCCAAGUUCCCUUUCGGAGGCCUCCUAGACUCUAUGCAAACCUCAGAGACGUCAAAGUUGCAGCAGCUUGUCGAGAACAUUGACAAGAAGAUGACCGACCCAAACCAGUGUGUCAUCUGUCACCGCGUUCUGAGCUGCCAGAGUGCUCUCAAGAUGCACUACCGCAUCCACACUGGCGAGAGGCCUUUCAAAUGCAAGAUAUGUGGGCGGGCGUUCACCACCAAGGGGAACCUGAAAACACACUUUGGUGUCCAUAGAUCCAAACCCCCGCUUCGGGUCCAGCACUCCUGCCCUAUUUGUCAAAAGAAGUUCACCAAUGCCGUCGUGCUGCAGCAACACAUCCGUAUGCACAUGGGAGGGCAGAUCCCCAACACCCCGCUCCCCGAGAGCCUUCAGGAGAUGGACACUGACCUCUCCUUUGACGAGAAGAGCUUAGACGCGAUGAGUAGUUACGAUGAUGACCUUCUGGACGAAAUGGAGCAAGCUAUGGAAGAUGAAGCCGACCUAAAAGAGGGAGAGGUAGACCCAUGUAAACCUUAUUCACCUGGUUGCUCCCCACCAACUUCCAUCAUCUCCAGCAUCGCUGCGAUGGAGAACCAGAUGAAGAUGAUCGACUCUACUGCCAACCUGAGCCGUUCGUUUGGUCAAAAGCCCACGCAGAACGGCAUCAGCUUUGGGCUAGAGACUGAUUGCUUUGCCACUGAUUCCCUGUCUGCAGUAGGGGAUGCUGAAGGUCAAAGCUUGGGGAGCCCUGCGUUGUCUGAGUCCUCUGGCUCUAUGCAGCAUUUGUCCCCAGCUCACAGCCACUCUGAGAGCCAGCGAUCCAAGUCCCCAGCUAUGUUCAACAAUAACAACAACGGCAGUGUCAUGACAGUAGACGAGGGCCAGGAGAACAAUACAUCUGCCCUGGCAACGGUGAAGUCGGAAAAAUCAGAGACCCCAUCUCCGCUUUCUGCAACUGAAGGCACCGGGGCCCUUGACCUGACUGCCACUCAACCUGGCAGGCACUAUAUCAAGGAGGAGAGCCACUUCAGCAUGCUGUUUCUAAAUAGAGAUCGAGGGCUGAGCACUCCUAAUUUGGCCAGCACCGCCUCAAACAUGAUCAAAAUGGAAAUGAAUGGACAUGGCAAGUCGGUGUCUCUGAGCGACAACUCUCACCUGCCCGUGGGCAUCCAGGUUCCUGCCGCGGCGCCCCAGAGUAACAUGAGUCCCAGCAUCAACCCCAUGUUGGCUCCCCCGCCACCACGACGCACUCCCAAGCAGCACAACUGCCACUCGUGUGGGAAGAACUUCUCUUCGGCCAGUGCUCUGCAGAUCCACGAGCGCACGCACACCGGGGAGAAACCUUUCGCCUGCUCGAUUUGUGGAAGGGCUUUCACCACGAAGGGCAAUCUGAAGGUUCACAUGGGAACACACAUGUGGAACAACGCUCCAGCCCGAAGGGGUCGGCGGCUGUCCGUGGAGAAUCCCAUGGCCCUGCUGGGCGGGGACGCCAUGAAGUUCAGCGAGAUGUUCCAGAAGGAUCUGGCGGCGCGAGCCAUGAACGUCGACCCGGGCUUCUGGAACCAGUACGCAGCCGCCAUCACCAACGGGCUGGCCAUGAAGAACAAUGAGAUCUCCGUGAUCCAGAACGGAGGCAUCAACCAGCUGCCCAUCAGCCUCGGCGGCACAGGAAUCACAUCACUGGGACCCAUGCCGGGAGGAAUGGACCGCCAUCACACCGGCGGCAGCCCUCCCAUGACGGGUAUGGAGAAGGCUGGACUGGAUGUCGGGGCCGGCCGCCCCUUCUCCAGAUUUAUGGAGGAGAACAAAGAGAUUGGGAUCAAUUAAAAAGACUUUUCUGUAUUGCUCCGAGGUAUGCGUUUGGCAAAGACUCAGAGUCUAACAACAAGGAAAGAAACUGCUGAUCCAGUCUGAACUCAUGCGUACUAUAUUAUGUACAGAUUAAAUAUUUUUUUGUUUGGUUUUGGAAAUAUAGUAUUUAGUAUUGAUUAGAGGUCUUUGCCUUUCACCCAUUCCCUCCUCACUUGAUAUUUCGCCUAUACGAAGAAUACUUUGUCUCUUGUUUGAGAAUAUGUCGUCUUGCAAGAUUUGCAUGGUACUUAUUGGUUUUUAUCAGUAUGUUUGACUGCUUUUAUGAAUUCCUUUGAAAACCAGGAUCCUGCCUCAUUUAUGAUGGGCACGCAUCUUAUCUGGACAGGACUAAAAACAGAAAAGUUUAAAGACAGUCUGGCCUUUGUCUGGCAACCCUGUUUAGGAUUGCUCUUUUAAAUAUAAAAGGGCCCUGGAUAGACUGAAGAAAAGACUGAAGUAUAGCGUUUCUGUGCUCGCCUGAUAUUUUUUUUUUUCUCAUGAACUAGAAAACUUGAAAAAAAUAAUGUUUGAACUAUUUUAAUCUUUACAUUUAGUCUCCCAGCAUUGUCUUAUAAUAUUGUCCUGUGUCUUUAGUAUUUAUGAUAUUGACAAAAAAGCGGGUAUACAAAAAUAUAUUUAAUGGCCCAAGCAUUUUAUUGAUCCAUUUCUUUUCUAAACUGCAGGCUUCACUGAAGAAUAUCUCUUUCAAUAAAGACAGUAUGUCGUUUGAGUUGAACAACAGAGAAAAACGGUAGGUUUUAUUUGGAUAUCUGUUGAGACUAUGUGUAUCUCGUUCCAUGGUAAAGAGGCUAGAGAUAUCCGAAGCUGCUAUGACCACAACCCUGCUUUUAACCUUUGUAAAAAGAAAAAAGAAGUGAUCCUUUUGAAGAAAUAUCUAUGUAUAGAAAUACAGACAAAUCUAAAAACAGGUAUGCAUAUUUUGUAUCACAUAAAAAUAGACAUCAUGAGUUGAGAGUAUUUGUCAUGUUUGUGAAUGCACUUUUUAAAAACAAGACGUUUUGUCUGUGAGUUCCCGUUAACCUUUUGACUGAGCUAUCUAUCACGUGCUGUUUUCAUUGUUUCCAGCGUACCACUCCUACAAUUUGCAGAGUCGGUUCUCUGUUGUUGCAUCUGUGCUACUCGUCAGAGUGCAAACUCAUCACUCAAUCAAAACCUUCUUAAAUAAAAAAAAAGAGAACA